UAAGUUGAUUGGACGGUGUGUGUAGCUCGUAUCAGUAUUCAAAGCUGUUAAAGAUGAUUGCGCUAUUGUUAGAAUAAUUUUUAAAGCUUAUGAACAUUAGCUAAGAUGUUCUAGUAGAAUUAUCUUUUGAUUACGUGAAAGGAGAAUAGUUUCCAAUUUGAAUGGUAAUUUGUAAAGUACACUCCACUUAAAUAUUUCAGUCAGUAUUACUUUGCAUAGUCUUCGGAUGCGUUAGAUAAUGGACGAAGGAAACCAACAGCCACAGUUGAUGGGGGGAGUGCAACACCACCAGCGUCAGGUCCAACACUCAAGACCCUUCUUCUACGUUCAGCCGCCCUCUCAGCCUUACUACAAUAUGUACCAUCACCACAAUCAGUGGCACAUGAACAGCCCUUAUAACCACUACGGCUUGCCCGGGUCGGGAGGCUAUCCCUUUGGUCGUUUUAGUCCAUACAUGUCUCCAUACCCUUACAUGCAAUAUCCUGGUGGAUACGUUGUCCCACACGCUCCUCACAUGCACCCGAUUGAUUACAGACGCAUGUAUGAACCACCUCGUUUCCACCCGCCUCCCGGUCAUGAUAUCGUGUUCCGACAACAGGCUCAAGCACAGAGAGAGAUGGCCUGCUCCGAGGUUCAGACUGACCCCAGCGAUGCCCUGAACAAGCUCAUCGAGUGUCUGGACAAACUCCGGACCAAUGAGACGCAGGGCUCUGACAAAGAGUUGGAUUCUGGCGUGGUUUCCCAAGCUUCUGGAAUCUUCUCGCCGGAUGAAAGGCGAAGGAAACAUGAGGAGGAUGUGGAGGUGGGGGUUGAUGGCAUGCACAGUCACAGUGAAGCUCUUCUGCGUGGUAAGUUGGAAGGCAGCCAUUUGCAGUCCUCGUCGCCAAUGGCCAGGUUAUUCAGCGCCAAUGACUCCACAACGGCGGUGUACGACGGCGAGUCGAGUCGGAGCCUCGGAGACCCGGGUCAUCCAGAGGGCUGGGCUGUUGACUCUGACGAGGACCCUCCACAGGACAGCUCCUCCGUUCACGAGGAGAACGUUGAGAACCAGGAACUACUGCAGUAUCACCCAGACGAGGAGGACCAGGAGUCCCUCCAUCGCUGUUCUUCUGAGAAUAUCUGCUUGUUGUCUGCAGCCUCGCAGGCCGAUGAGAGCCCUGUAUCCAGGCCUGAGGAACUGGAACACCAGGUAGAGAAUGGCACCGACCCAGAUGGAACUGAUAGGACCCAGGGCCCCUGCUUCAACUUGCUGUCCCCUCUGGUACCAUCACCUGUAACCCCCGACUGGCGAGUGUCAGAGGACAAGAAGCCCUGGGAGGAGAUGUUAGAUGUUCCAGAUGGGGGUUUGAAAGGUCUUUCUGACCUUUCUUGUCAGAUCCCCUGUCUGACGUUUGACAAGGUCUUGACUACAGGUGUUCUGCAGACGGACUCCCCCGACAGCUCUGCUGCCCUGCUGUGUGAAGACCUUCAGGCCUCUUUGUCAUCUGCCCUCCUGGCCACCACAACCACCUCCUCCCCUGCCAAUCACCACUACUACCCCUACUACUGCCCACCACAGACGGCUCACGAGAGGCUCAGUGUCCUCAGCCCCUCCCUGGAUGAGCUCUCCUCCAGGGACGAGGUGUUCUCAACAGACCUCGAUGACCUGGAUGUGUUCCCCAGGCACGGCGUCUACGCAGGGAGGAGAUUCUCAGGGGUUGAGGAAGUGUGUCCCAAGUCCAAGAAGCUUAUGUGUGCCUGCUGUGGCUCAAGUCUGUUCAAAGGGACGGGGUCGGGCGGCAGGGUUAAAGGUCAUCACCACAGCCCGAAAGUUUACGCAGACGACCAGGAAGGGGACACUGAUGAGGAACAACGUGGACCUGUCCGUACGUUUGAGAGACCACAGCCAGUUAGGGUGGUUGUAAAGAAGCACUCCGUCCCCAAGAAACGGCAGCCUCUCUCUCUUCACUGCCGACGUCCUGCUGAAAACAGCUGUAAGAGAAGUCAGUGUAGGGAGGCUGUUGCACAAGAAGAGCCGCCAGAAGACCCGGCGAUGGGGCUGAUGGGAUCGGAGCUGGACCACUGCGAGGGACAUGGUUUGCAGGCUCAGGGUGUUCACGAGGCAGCGAAUAAGCAGCACAGAGCGUGCAAGGAUCGGCACUGCAGAGAGGGUGUCUCUACUCUGGAACCGUGCCGGUCGGAGGCUGCUGGGGCUAAACUCCGGUGGAAACCACACAGCUCACUGCAAGAAAGGAUUGCGCCGAGGAAAGCUCUUUGUAAUGCGUUGGUCUAUCAGAAAGUCAAAGAUGAACACGACGACGAUGAUGAGGAGCCCCCACGACUUCACAGAGCAAAAGGGUCCAAGAGAGAAGCAAGGUGUUGAUGUGACAACAUGAAUUAAAAAUGGAACAAAUUUAAGAGCACUUAGUGAAAUCUAAAUACAUGGGCUGUAGCAGAUUUGUCAAUAGUUUCUGUGGUCAGUGUCAAAAUUCCUGCUGAACCACCUGUUUGUGC